ACUACUUUUUUAUAAGGCAAAAAUAUGUACCUGACAACCGAGUGAUUAUUCCAGGCAUUUUAAUUUAUUUGUAACAUACUUUAAAAGGAAAAAACUGUGUGAUUGUGGUCGAUGUUUUUUUUUUUUUUUUUUCAUUAUUAUUUUAUUAUUAAGAUUUUUUCCUAAAGGGGUGCUUUUUGUACCCAAAUUAAACAUGCUACUCUGCUUCACCCUAUAAGCAUCCUAGGAGCCUGUGCUUGCCAAUCAAUUGGAACAGUGAAACAGAGCCACAGUCUGCGCAGGAGUGGAGACCUUCAGUCUCGCUUUAUUUCUGGAUACCGAGGGACCUCUCUACCAUGUCAUAUCCACAAUUUGGAUAUCCGUACUCGUCUGCUCCACAAUUCCUGAUGACAACCAACUCUCUGAGCACUUGCUGCGAGUCCACGGGUAGAUCCAUAGCCGACUCCGGGGUAGCGGCGUCGGGACAGACACCGGUCUACUGUCCCGUGUAUGAGAGCCGACUGCUGGCCACGGCAAGGCAUGAACUGAGCUCAGCGGCCGCGCUGGGCGUGUACGGCACCCCCUACACGGGCAGUCAGGGCUAUGGAAAUUACGUUACAUACGGCACAGACGCGUCGGCUUUCUACUCGCUGGGUACAUUUGAUACUAAAGAUGCUGCAGCUUCUGCGCAUGCGGGAAUCACCCAGGCAACUGCUUACUACCCUUAUGAUCCUACCUUGGGACAGUAUCAGUACGACAGAUAUGGUUCUAUGGAUGGUGGGACAAGGCGAAAGAAUGCCACCCGUGAGACCACCAGCACCCUGAAGGCCUGGCUGCAAGAGCACAGAAAGAACCCGUACCCAACUAAAGGGGAGAAGAUCAUGUUGGCCAUCAUCACCAAGAUGACCCUGACACAGGUCUCCACCUGGUUUGCGAAUGCUCGGAGGAGGCUGAAGAAAGAGAACAAGAUGACGUGGCCGCCCAGAAACAAGGGCUCAGAGGAGAAGAGAUAUGACGAGGAUGAGGAGGGGUCUCAGGAGGGGCAGAUAAAAAGCGAGAAUACCGAUGAUGAAACCAGAAGUCAAGCUGAUAAGGAACUCCAGUUGAGCGACCUGGAUGAUUUUGACACGCUUGAGUCUGAAAGCUCUGAGUGUGAGUUGAAGCAUCGAUACCACAUGAACACGCACAUGUCGACGACAACCGAUUGCUCCGCCGAGCACCUCGUUAAGAACGCCUCUCUGAAAAUCUCUGUCCCCGUUUCUCUCUGCGGGGAGCAGGACUUAGUUAAAACCUGCCUCAAAACGAACCCGGAGGAGUUCCAGCCGGACAGCAUACAGCAGGCAAAAUCGUGCUACAGUCAGCAGCAACAGCAGCAGGGUCAUCAAUUAUUAGACGGCAAGCCUCGGAUCUGGUCUUUGGCUCAGACCGCAACGUCCCUGAACCAGACUGAAUAUCCGUCCUGCAUGCUGAGGUGCCAGGCGCCUCCUUCCUCGCUCACCCCGUCCCCCGCUGCGACCUCCCCCGUGACCGGCCUGGAGAACCGGCAGGACUCGCCGGUCACCACGCUGAGGAACUGGGUGGACGGGGUGUUCCACGACCCCCUCUUCAGGCAUAGCACUUUGAGCCAGGCUUUGACCAACACCACCGUCUCCUGGACCACGAACACCAAAGGCAGCGUUCUGGAGACGGAGAGGAGCGCGGCGGCCUUGCAGCAGCACCAAGAUCCGCUCAAAGACAGUGCCAUGAGUUUCCCAAAAACAAUGAACAAACUUUUUUGCUCCUAACGUAACCCAACCCAACCACAAAUAAAGACUUCUUUUGGAACUAAGAAACGAGGUGGAUAAGCCUGUUAAGCCUCCACUGUUCCUUUAUGUUUUAUUAUUUUUGCCUGUAUCCAUAAACUGUUACAGACGUAAAACAUCCGGAUCAGAUUGGUUCAUUUAACCCAACGCACGCACAGAAAUAAAUAAAAAAUGUAUAAUUAACAGUUUUCGACUCGGAGAAAAAAGUAGGCUUGCGAGUUUUUUUCAAGAUUUCUUUUACUAUGAGCAUGCAAAUGUAAUUAAUUGAGCAUAAUUUAAGUCUCGGCAAAUUAAAAUCACUAUUAAAAAGAAGAAAAAAAGUCUCGUAUAUGCACUGCUCAUUCUGAGGAAGUGAAUGAGAGCGUUUCAACUUUGUUCACUGAAAAUAAAAGCAGUCGCUUUCUGAAGAA